UCUCGGCUCAGAUAUUUACUUUCGGCUUCUGACGAUUCAGUUGUAAAACUAUGGUCAAUAAACGGCGAUUCGCUUCAUACACUGAAAACACAAGCGAACGGAAAAAUUGAAUCUUUAAAAUUCUUGCCAUGUUCUGGAAACAGUGUAUUUGCUUACACUAACUAUGAAAAAAACUUGUUUAUUCAAGAUUUUGAAAGAGGAGAACUUCUCGUAGCGAACCCAAGAACUGAACCCGUGCGAUCAAUCGCCACAACAGACAACCAUCCGCAGUAUAUUUACUGCUUGUAUCAGAACUCCGGAAUGGCUGUGUACGAUAUCAGAUUCGGAACCGUAUCAAGUUCACCUUUUGAGUUGGAUUAUUUACGUACUUGCUUUGAUGUUUGCCGUGAUCGUCCAGAGCUUGUGGCUUUCGGAAGAAAAGAUGGCUCGAUCAUGGUUUAUGAUGUCCGGAACAGCUAUCACCGCCCUUUAAAGACUUUUGGCAGCGCUGAUUCGCAGUUGAAGCAUAGGAAGAACUUCAUGUCCUAUGUUCGCAAUAUUCAUUUUAACGAAAAAGGAACUGAAAUCAUUAUGACUGACGGAUUCGGAGCAGGGUACUUGUUCGAUUUGAACGAUGAUGCUCACAAACUCCGGCGCAAGCUGAACAGCUUUAUGGAGCAAAGUUUGAUAGGCUCUAUGUCAGUUUUUAGAUUUUGA